AUUCGCCUUCAAUUAUAACCUGACGUAGCUAUCGAAUUCUAAAAUGGCGGAUUAUUACAUUAUAUGUGGUUUGUUUGUGUUGAUGCAAAUUGUUUAUGGAACACCAUAUAUAAAGGGGUUAUACUGCCAGGAUCCGGAUACGAAAAAACUUUACCCGGUUAACUCGACUUGGCGAUCAGAGACAUUUUGUGGUAAUUAUACUUGUAAGCUUAGAAAGAAGAAUUUAACUGAAACCGAAUAUGUACCCAUAACAAUAAACAUAACAUCUCAACAAUUGAAAGAUGAAUACACUAUUUCGAACAACGACGAUAUGUCUGUAAGUCCGAGUGAUAAUUCUAUCAUCAUCAAAAAGAUAGACCCGGAAAAAACACCAGUAUUUCAUAGGAAUUUAGAUAAUAAAAUGAAUGAAUUAAAAGAAGAGUUAAAAAAUAACAAGUCUGAAGUCACAGAUAGAUAUUUAACUGAAGCAGAAAUUCAAAAGAUUACUGAUAUACUUCAUACGAUCAAAAAAAGCGAUUUAGAAGCUAUAGUUGAAAUAUACAAUGUAGCGCAAGAAAUUCACAAAGAAUUAGAUAUAGUAGUAACCGAAAGAAUGGACAAAGAUACUGUGAACAGCAAGACUGAUGAGAUUAAAAAGCAAAUACCAUCUCAAACCCGAAAAGAUUCAAUAUCGUAUUGGUAUGAGCCGCUACAUCACAAUAACGGUAAACAUAAACCAGUUGAAUUAAAAACAGAAGGAACCAAUAUUGUACAAACAGCUUACCCUUAUUUAUACCCUGACUCAUACGUCAAGAGACCGCUACAAGAGAGUGAGUUCCAAAAAUUACCGUAUUACUAUCCAACAUCAAGCUUUCAUAGAACGUUAUCGUAUUUACAUAAUCCAUAUAAAUCAAAACAGAACAGUCGUCAAGAAUCGUUACCGUGUAAUAAAGAUAACAUAGGUGAAAAUUCACUCGUUCCAGUUUGGUAUAAUCCUUUCGUUAAUAACAACCUAGAGUUAUAUAAGAAAUCAUCUGCGAUACAACCUAUGAUGCUUCCUUAUCCAUUCUCUUAUGUACAUCAUAAUUUCACCAAUCCAGCUAGUUAUUACUACAGCAAUUACCCUUGGGCUCAAUUAAAUUCUUACAAUAGAAAUAAACAAUAUCUGCAACCUUACUAUGGACCAUAUGCAGCUCAAGAGCCGCGUACCGCUAUAAUUGCAAAUCCAGAUGAAUUACAAGGCAAAUACGAUGAGCAAGUUGAAGUAAGAACAGACGACACUAAAACUAAGAACAAAGAAUUACCAGAAUGGCAAACUGAACCGCUAUCUGAAAAAAUACUGGAUGAAGUUAAAGCGAAUAUGUUAGAAAAAUCAAAAAUCUUGAAACCGUUGUCUUUGAGAAAAACAUUGAAAUUGGAAAAAGUCGGUAAAGUUAUUAAAUUAGACGAUUUGACACGAAGUAAACGAGAUGUUUAUGACGUCAGUGAUAAUGAAGUUCGUGACAAAACAUCAGGGGGCGAAACGUACGAAACUUAUAUCGAAAAAACAAUGUGCGAGUCGAGCCUGGAGCCCGGUUACUUCAGUGUGGGCAACGAAACAGAGCCGUAUCCCGCGUGCUGCCCACGAAGGAUAAACAGUUGAUAAGCCCGUUACUAAUUAAGCCUUUUUUAUUUACCGUCUUAAUACGUUGGGUGCGUUCAUUAAAAAAAUAUAGGAUAAGAAUGUCUAUUUGAAGUCAUGAUAAAAAUAAUAAUGUAUUAUAAUUUAUGAUAUUUUUAUAAUAAUACAUAUAUUCCUUUGGUAGAAACUUAAUAAUACCGACAAAUAAAACAACUUCGUAGUCUUUCAUUUUGUAUAAAUGGUAAGUUUGUCCUAACGCAGCAAUUUAUUUUGUUUGACAACGUCUUGGCAAUAUAAGAAGCGAUUAAUAUCCCUAACAAUACAACAGUAAA